AUGGAAAAAGGCACUCAGCCAAAGUUGACUGUGUCAGAUGAUGAGUAUAUUCCUCGACCUGGAAUUAUAAAUCUUCUUAAAAGAAUUUUUCAACCAAGCAAAAAUCAUUCAUAUUAUCAUGUUGUUUGUGGAGAACACGGAACAGGAAAAACAUCAUUGUUCAGGAUAGUAGCAAAUGAAGUUGAACAAGGUGUUAUUUAUGUUGAUAUUCCUCCAAAUUUUAAUAAACUGGAUGACAAAUUUGGAAAAGCUCUUAAUUUUUCUUUUGAAGAAGAUAUCUCAAUUACAUUGAAAUUGAAAAAAAGAAUUUUUGACAAAACUGAAACCAUGCAGUCCUAUUCCAAGUGGGAGAAAGCUAUGGAUGUUUUUAUGCGUGCUUCUGAAGUGUAUAAAGCAAAACAUGGAAAACUGCCAGUUAUUAUUUAUGAUAAUGUUAGCCGAUUGGUUCACAAAAAUUCAGAAAUCCUCGAUAUCCUUCAAGAUGAGGCCAAGGAUAAUGCUGAUAACAAGAAAUAUAUUGCUGUAUUUGACAGCAGUGAAGGUUCAGUAUCUAGAAGAAUGGAAUAUAAUAUGCAGUUUUUGGUCAUGUACAAAAAGCCAAUAAUUGAAAUUGGAGAUCUUAGCAAAGAAGAAUCAAUGAAAUAUCUGACUAAAAAGUGCAAGAUCAAUAAGGUGAAAGCAAAAAAAUUAUAUGAAUUGGUUGGUGGACAUAUUGUGACUCUAAAGUCUGUAACAGAUGAUUUUAUUGCUGGACAAUCUUUUGAAAACAUUAAAACAAUAGUUUUUAACAACAUCUAUGAUAAUUUUAAAAAGGCAAAGAUUAAUUCAGAUCAAACAAAUUAUGAAAUGGCAAAAAUUAUUAUAAGGGCUUUAUUAAAUUCUAAUAAUGUUCUUCAUGUUAGUAUGCUUCGAAAAUUGACUAAAGUAGAACCGAACGAGUUUUUAGAGAAUAAUGUAUUUGCAUAUCACCUAAGAAAUAAGACUGUAACUUUUCAGUCUCACUCAACAGAAUGUUAUAUCCAGAAAAAUGCUAACAAAUUUAUUAAAUAG